AAACUCGGGCCUGAGGGCUUGUUAGAGAGUAGCACAAGACUGAGAUAAUCUUACCUGAUCUUACCCUUACAGCACCAGACGAGAACGCUAGGGUUUAAAGACAAGCAGGAAGCAUCAGCAGCUCUGACCAGGCAGCCAUCCUAAGAAGAUGCAGUCACUCCUGCUCCUGUUGGCCUUCCUUCUGUGCCCCAGGGCUGAAGCAGAGAAAAUCAUUGGGGGCCAUGAAGCCAAGCCUCAUUCUCGUCCCUACAUGGCAUUUCUUCGGAUCCAGACUCUAGAGGGAGCAAAAAUAUGUGGGGGCUUCCUGGUGCGUGAGGACUUCGUGCUAACAGCAGCUCACUGCCGGGGAAGCUCAAUGAAUGUCACCUUGGGGGCCCACAACAUCAUGAAGCAGGAGAAGACGCAGCAGGUCAUUCAUGUGGCAAGGGCCAUUUCCCACCCGGACUAUGAUUCUGAGUCACACCUCAAUGACAUUAUGUUACUGCAGCUGAAGAAGAAGGCCAAGUUGACUCCUGAGGUGCGCCUUCUCCCAUUGCCCAAGAGAAUGCAAGUGACACCAGGGAUGGUAUGCAGUGUGGCUGGCUGGGGACGCAUUAGUCUACAGGAGAAAACAGUAAAACUCCAUGAAGUAGAACUUGAAGUCCAAAAGGACCAGCAAUGUGUUUCUCGCUACAAAGACCAUUAUAAUAAAGCCACCCAAAUAUGUGUGGGGGACCCAAACAAAAGGAAGACUUCCUUUAAGGGGGAUUCUGGAGGCCCUUUCGUGUGUAACAAUGAGGCCCAGGGAAUUGUCUCCUUUGGAAAAAAGAAUGGAAAACCUCCACGUGUCUACACCAGGAUCUCGAGCUUUCUGUCCUGGAUAAGAAGUACAAUGAGACAGUUCAGACUUCAGGGACCAGAAUUCAGGGGACCUCACAUGGUACCAGAAAAAAUGGAAAACUUUUUGGAAAAUGGAAAAUGUCCUCUGAAGGACAUCAUAGUUGCUGCUACACCCGUAGUUUCCAAGCCCACACUGAUCCUUCAGAUUUGGGAAGCUCUGAGCUUAGGGGCCACAUAUGUGGUCAUCUUUGUCGAUACUGGGUCACCUAUUCCUGGCAUCAUAAAAGCAGUGGGGAACACAAGGUCGCUGGGCCCACCCACCUCCUUCAUCUCCGAGAAGCUAAAAGCACAAGGAGGAAACACGAGCAGCUCCAGCCUGGGCAGCCUUCCUGGGAAGAUGCAGCAGAGGCAUCUGUUCUUGUUGGUCUUCUUCCUGUCCCCCACAGCAGAGGCAGGAGAGAUCAUCGGGGGACAUGAGGCCAAACCCCAUUCUCGCCCCUACAUGGCCUAUCUUCACAUCAUGCAUCAGACAACUGAGUUUAGGUGCGGUGGUUUCCUGAUACGAGAGGACUUCAUCCUGACAGCUGCUCACUGUUUCGGAAGCUCAAUAAAUGUCACCUUGGGAGCACACAAUAUCAAGGAGAAAGAGAAGAUGCAGCAGCUCAUCCCUGUGAAAAAGGCCAUCCCCCAUCCGGACUAUAACCCUAAGAAUUUCAACAAUGACAUCAUGUUACUGCAGCUGAAAAGAAAGGCCAAGCAGACUGCAGCUGUGAAGCUCCUCAGGUUACCUAGGGCCAAAGCCCGGGUGAAGCCAGGGCAGGUGUGCAGUGUGGCUGGCUGGGGCCGGAUGGCUCCAAUUGGAAAAUAUCCAGAUACGCUGCAGGAGGUGGAGCUGGAAGUGCAACAGGAUCAAGAGUGUGAAGACCACUUGGCCAAUUAUUACAACAACAACACCGAGAUAUGCGUGGGGGACCCGUCAACGAAACGGGCUUCCUUUAAGGGGGACUCUGGAGGGCCCCUUGUGUGUAAGAAUGUGGCCCAGGGCAUUGUCUCGUAUGGGCGAAAUAAUGGCAACCCUCCACGAGUCUGCACCAAAGUCUCAAGGUUCCUGCACUGGAUAAAGAAAACCAUGAAGAGCCUCAACUAGACUAAGUCCCCUUUGGACUAAGAUUUUUCUUUGGAGCUGAGUCCCAGACUGCACAAGGGGAGGUGCCAGCAACAGAAUAAAUGUGUUUUAGCUGAAUGGAA